ACAGCCAGUACCAGUUUGGCUACGCAUAUGGAACACCUACGCACCGUUUUGGAGCGGCUACGACAAGCCAAGUACAAAGCCAACCACGACAAAUGCGAAUUCGCACGGCAGGAGCUGGAGUACUUGGGACAUUAUGUGACGCCGCAAGGCAUCCGUCCGCUUGCGGACAAGAUCGAGGCCCUCCGCGUAUGGCCCAAGCCCACCAACACCACAGACGUCCAUUCAUUCAUGGGGUUGGCGGGCUACUAUCAGCGAUUCAUCACCGGGCACUCAAGGAUUGCUGCACCUAUGACGAGAUUACAAUCGUCAAAGGUGCCAUUCGUAUUCAAUGACGACGCACGCCGGUCAUUCCAAGCACUUAAGACGGCCAUGCUCAUGGCACCCGUCCUUAGCAUCUAUGACCCCACCCUGCCUACGAGAGUGACAACUAACGCUUCUGGCUAUGGCAUUGGGGCGGUCUUGGAACAACACGACGGAGACGACUGGCACCCUGUGGAGUAUUUCAGCCACAAAGUGCCUCCCAUCAAUUCACUUGAUGAUGCAAGGAAGAAGGAGCUGCUCGCGUUCGUGAUGGCUCUCAAGCGAUGGCGACACUUCCUCCUUGGGCGUCAUAGGUUCACAUGGGUCACGGACAACAACCCAUUGACCUACUACAAGACGCAGGAUACGGUGAGCAGCACGAUCGGACAAUGGAUGUACUUCAUCGACCAAUUUAACUUCACACCGAAACAUCUCCCCGGCCUCUCCAAUCGCGCAACAGAUGCACUCUCGCGAAGACCUGAUCUUUGCGCUUUGACAGAUCAUGCCUUUGCAUUCGACGAGGAACUCCAGCGACACUUCAUCCGGGGCUAUGAGUCUGAUACGGAUUUUGCCACGUUGUAUACGCAACUAUCUUCGGAUCACCCGCCGACCAGCCACUAUCGCAUCCUCGACGGGUACUUGCUCCUCCACUCGAGAGGCAAGGACUUAUUGUGUGUCCCACGCGACCGUCGUAUUCGGACUCGCCUUCUCGGUGAGUACCAUGACUCGCGACUCGCCGGCCAUWCUAGAGUCAAUCGCACUAUUGCACGAAUUCGGCAACGAUUCCGAUGGCCCGACCUCAUUACCAAUGUCACUCGGUACUGCAACUCUUGCGAAGUUUGCCGACGAAGCAAACCCCGCAACCGCAACCCCUACGGCGAGUUGCGCUCGAUGCCGAUCCCACGGGAACCUGGUCUCUCCAUUGCCAUGGAUGUCACCGGACCAUUUCCUCGCGACUGCCUCGGGCACGACGACAUCCUCACGGUCGUGGACCGUUUGAGUAAGUACGCACGUUUUCUCCCUUGCAAGUACUACUCCACGGCUCCCGAGCUGGCACGCCUCUUGCACACCGGCUGGAUUUGCGGCCACGGUGUACCAGAAGACAUAGUCAGCGACCAUGACACUCGCUUCAUGUCGGCAUUUUGGACUGCUCUCAUGCAGGAGUCCGACACGAAGAUGAAACCAAGUUCGGCUGCUCAUCCACAGACGGACGGGCAACGGAGCGGGCACAUCAAACCGCUCAAAUGAUGCUUCGUACGCUCAUCCGUCCGGACCAGAAAGAUUGGGUUGACCGCCUCCCCGACAUCGAGUUCGCCUACAACACU